CGCGGCUGGGCUAUAAGAUGGCGGCGGCGUGAGUUGCAUGUUGUCCGAGAAUCCGGGGCCGCCGCCUCGUCGCUCAGGCCCCGCCAUGGCCGUCACCAUCACGCUGAAAACACUGCAGCAGCAGACCUUCAAGAUCCGCAUGGAGCCCGAGGAGACGGUCAAGAUGCUGAAGGAGAAGAUCGAAGCCGAGAAGGGCCGCGAGGCGUUCCCCGUGGCCGGCCAGAAGCUCAUCUACGCCGGCAAGAUCCUGAGCGACGACGUCCCCAUCCGGGACUACUGCAUCGACGAGAAGAACUUCGUGGUCGUCAUGGUGACCAAGGCCAAGGCUGGCCAGGGCUCCUCGGCACCCCCAGAGGCCACCCCGACUGGCGCCCCGGAGUCCUCGUCCGCUGCCUGCCCACCGGCCCCCGCCUCCGGCAUGUCCCAGCCCCCAGCAGCCGGCAGGGAAGACAAGAGCCCAUCCGAGGAGUCGGCCCCCACCACGUCGCCCGAGUCCGUGUCCGGCUCUGUUCCCUCUUCAGGUAGCAGCGGGCGAGAGGAAGAUGCGGCCUCCACGCUAGUGACUGGCUCCGAGUAUGAGACCAUGCUCACCGAGAUCAUGUCCAUGGGCUACGAGCGGGAGCGGGUCGUGGCCGCCCUGCGCGCCAGCUACAACAACCCUCACCGAGCUGUGGAGUACCUGCUCACGGGGAUCCCCGGGAGCCCCGAGCCGGAGCAUGGGGCCGUGCAGGAGAGCCAGGUGUCAGAGCAGCCGGCCACCGAGGCAGCAGGAGAGAACCCCCUGGAGUUCCUGCGGGACCAGCCCCAGUUCCAGAACAUGCGGCAAGUGGUCCAGCAGAACCCGGCUCUGCUGCCCGCGCUGCUCCAGCAGCUGGGCCAGGAGAACCCGCAGCUGCUGCAGGGCUACAGGUCAGCGGCCAUCCCUUCCACAGCAAAUCAGCCGGCACCAGGAGCAGUUCAUCCAGAUGCUCAACGAGCCGCCGGGGGAGCUGGCGGACAUCUCGGACACGGAGGGGGAGGUGGGCGCCAUAGGGGAGGAGGCCCCGCAGAUGAACUACAUCCAGGUGACGCCGCAGGAGAAGGAAGCUAUAGAGAGAUUGAAGGCCCUGGGCUUCCCCGAGAGCCUGGUGAUCCAGGCCUACUUCGCGUGUGAGAAGAAUGAGAACUUGGCUGCCAACUUCCUUCUGAGUCAGAACUUCGAUGAUGAGUGAUGGAGGCCGGGCCGCCACCGUGCCCCUGCCCGCC